ACUUUUACCCCGAAACGAAGCAUGAACCAAACCGGAAAACAUGUGCUACCUAUGUCUAACUUAGUGUCCCUGAACGCACCAUCCUCAGCCGAGCAAACUGCUGAGUGCUGACUGAACUGCCAGGCGGAGACGUGACACAAAGAUUAUCUAAAUACUGCUUGCAUUCUGUGAUUAAUACUUUCGCUCGGGAAAGCCUCUACGGGGCUCUCUUAGGGUGACAUCCUGGAAGCAUCCGGAGAACCGUGGAUAUCAACGCGGCAAGGAUGCUCCGCCACCAGCGGCAAGUGUGAGGAGAUGGCCGGAGAAGCGCCGACGGGCACUGGCCGGGUGGUUCUCGUCAAGAAGAUCGUCAUGAAGGACGGAACCGCGCUCCACCAGGGCAUAGGCCGACCCAGUGUGUACCAUGCAGUUGUGGUCAUUUUCCUGGAGUUCUUCGCCUGGGGUUUGCUGACCACACCCAUGCUCACAGUGCUACAUGAAACAUUUCCACAGCACACGUUCCUGAUGAAUGGACUCAUUCAAGGCGUCAAGGGCCUUCUGUCAUUCAUGUCUGCCCCUCUGAUUGGUGCAUUGUCUGACGUGUGGGGAAGGCGUUCAUUCCUGCUGGUCACUGUAUUCUUUACCUGUGCCCCUAUCCCCCUGAUGAGACUCAGUCCUUGGUGGUACUUCGCCAUGAUCUCCAUGUCAGGAGCAUUUUCUGUUACCUUCUCUGUCAUCUUUGCCUACGUGGCAGAUGUGACGGAUGAAAGAGAGAGGAGUACAGCCUAUGGUCUGGUGUCUGCAACAUUCGCAGCCAGCCUGGUGACCAGCCCGGCAAUCGGGGCGUACUUGUCAGCAUUGUAUGGAGAUAACCUGGUGGUUCUGGUGGCUACGCUGAUUGCUCUCGUCGACAUCUGCUUCAUCCUGCUUGCCGUGCCUGAGUCUCUGCCAGACAAGAUGAGGCUUAACACCUGGGGAGCGCCUAUAUCCUGGGAACAGGCUGACCCCUUUGCUUCUCUGAGGAAAGUGGGUCAGGACCCCACAGUCUUACUCAUCUGUAUCACUGUGUUCCUGUCAUACUUACCAGAGUCUGGACAGUACUCCAGCUUCUUCCUCUACCUGCGACAGGUCGUCAAUUUCUCCUCCACAACAAUUGCUGUUUUUAUCGGAGUUGUGGGAAUUCUGUCCAUUGUUGCACAGACCCUCGUACUCACACUGCUAAUGAGGACUCUGGGUAAUAAAAACACAGUUUUAUUGGGUCUCGGUUUCCAAAUUCUUCAGCUAGCCUGGUAUGGCUUUGGAUCAGAGCCUUGGAUGAUGUGGGCAGCUGGCGCUGUCGCAGCAAUGUCCUCCAUAACCUUCCCUGCAGUCUCAGCUCUGGUGUCACAGUCUGCUGAUCCUGACAAACAAGGUGUGGCCCAAGGAAUGAUAACAGGUAUCAGAGGUCUGUGUAAUGGUUUAGGUCCAGCUCUGUAUGGAUUCAUCUUCUUCCUGUUCGAUGUGGAGCUGAACACCAUGGACCCCAUCCAGGGAGAUUUUGACCCCCUACCUCUUCACAGUCCCACCGAGCAAACGCUCAUCCCUGGGCCACCUUUCCUUUUGGGGGCGUGUACAGUGGUUGUCGCCUUCCUUGUUGCUCUCUUUAUCCCAGAGAAAGCAUCCUCUGGCCCUCCAUCCUCUCCGCUGGCUCUUAAUGACAAGCCUCGCCCAGUCAGCAAAGAGUCGUUGUCCUCGCUGGCAGGCGUCCAUAUCAAUACACCUCUGCCAGGCAGUGAUGAAGAAACUCCUCCCAGCACCAGUGAUGAGGACUUUGAGCCUCUGCUGCAGGACAGUAUUGUUUGAUGGACCAGUGCAAGGACCACAGCGUCUGGGAUUAACAUUUUAACUGGACUGAUUGUUUUUUGUGUAAAAGAGGAGCACAUUUCCUUUGCUACUGGGUGAGUAAAAGUUCAGUGACUUGACCGUCUGAAGUUUGUGAUCGACAGCAUGAUGCUCCAAUCGUAAUGAUGCUUUACCAGAGGAUGGGACUAGCAUUUUAUUGGACUGUCCAGCAUAGCCCAGAAGUGAUUUUAACAGAGCGGCAGCAGCAAAGUGCUCCAAAUAGGAAUCUGUUGUUUAACUGGACAAAGGCAAGUAUUUUUGGUUGAUAAAAUGAGGUUGUGACUGACAACACCACAAUAAUAAUGUCACCAGCUUUUGAUCUGAUUGAAAAAGGAAACGUACACAUUUCUGGUUUCCCAAAAGAUUUCUUAAAUGUUGUACAUUUCUGGUUAUUAACUAGCUCAACUGAAACAAAGUUUUAAAGGUGGGAUUGUUGUAUAUCUUCAUGGUUGAAGUGUAACAAUUUUUUUUUAUUGAAGGAAGUUAUCAUAUUCAGAUGUAUCGUUUUACUACGGAAAUGUAUUGAUAUUUUUUAUUGGUUAUUGUAUAAUUGAACAACAUAUUUACAGCUACUAAAGCAUCUGUCUUGAUUUGUACAUUUCUAAGAUAUGACAAGUUAUAAUAAUCCAGAAGAUGAUUUCGUCACAUAAAAUUGGAAAUGCCAAGAUUUUGAUUUAAUUCCAUCCAUCCAUUUGAAACAUCGGCUACCCGGACUCAAUGUCCCCCACCUUACCCAGGAUGUGGUCAAGGAAACUCAAGGUCAAAGAAAGUUAUCAAAUCACUCCAUCCAUCCAUCCAUCCAUUUUAACACCUUAUGUGUUCUCUUUAGGCUCAUAGGUGAACUGGAUCUCAUCCCAGCUGAAUUUGGGAGUGACGGGAGUCACAACCUGGACUGUAUUUCAUUGCAGGGCACAAAUUGACAACCAUUAACAUUCACAUUAAAUUAUCCUAAAACGCAUUUCGGAAGGAAUGUUUGGGGAAGACCAAGUAUUAAAUCAUAUACAAUGAAUGAAUAUUUAUCUUUAGAAAUUAUUAAUAAAUUUAAUGAAUUUCAGGGUGGACAAUAACAGCGCAUCUGCUUAUAUUUGAAGUCAGAUUCCACGCUUGUUAAAUUACCUCAGAUCACAUUCAAACGGUUUACUUUUUGAUUAGAAUUGUUUAAUAAUAUACUAUAUUUAAAAUUGGAGUAUAAAAUUGCUUCUGAGCAAUUGUAUUAAAAGGACCUUAUUGUUGCGUACAUUCUAGUGGUAAUUCAGCAGUAGAUGACAACUUCUUUAGUUUAUAUUCUGAACAUUACAGUUUUACCCAUGCAAUGUUUUACUCUUACAAUUCUAUUCUCAAAAUAACAUAGAUUUUGGGAUCAUUGUAAAUGUUCUCCCAGAUUUUCCUCACCAGUGUACACGAAUAAUUAAAAAAAAAAAACACUGCAGAAAUCUUUGUCACUUUGCCAAAGGUAUAUUCUGUCAAUAUAAGAUGAGAGAAGAUGAGAUUUAACUCAAUUGAUCUCUUGACCCACAAUCCUAUUGUUACUAUGCAAUACAGGCAUUAUAUUUGUACUUCAUGAAAGCUUUAGAGAGAAGAUUGAAGAAGGAAUGUCCAAGAGGUUACCUCUACAUAAGUGGCACAGUGUACAUAAGUGUUUGCUUCAUGCUCAAAAAAUGUAACUGAAAAAGAAUGAACAUCUUAUUUAAAUGGUGACUAUGAAGACUUGUUUUAUGUUACUCACUGGUACAACCAGAGCUGGCAUUAUGCUCUCACAUUAACAGUGAAAAUCAAUUUUCUGAAACUAGGAUUCUUUGUUAAAUAGAUUGAAACCUAGUUUUAGUGAGAGGUAAUUGAUAAAUAAAUAGUCAUAAUGCUUCCACAUCAGCAUUUCUUAUGGAAGUUUACCAUCAUGUGCUACAAUCAUAAUAAACUGUUUUCCCCACUGAUCUCAUAUCAUGCAUAUCGUGUGAUGUCUAAAAAAAAUAAAGGCAACUGUUGUUUAUAUUUGUUAUUAUUACUGGCGGCGGCACAGUACUGGUUUGGUAAACCAGGGGUUGUGGGUUCGUAUCCCACUGGGGCCUCCAUUCCCUGAGAAGGGUUGCGUCAGGAAGGGCAUCCGGCGUAAAAAUUGUGCCAAACAUAUAUAUGCGUUCAUCUGAGAUGACACGCUGUGGCGACCCCGAAAGGGACAAGCCGAAAGAAACUUGCUUGGCACAGUAGGGCUGCUGAAAAGCGUUGGCCUCACAAUUCUGAGGACGCGGAUUCAACCCCAACCAUACCUGUGUAGAUUUUGCAUGUUUUCACCGUGCCUGCGUGGGUUUUCUCUGAGCACUCUGGUUUGCCCCCACAUCACAAAAAGAUGCAGCAUUAAUUAGACACUCUAAAUUGCCCCUAGGUGUGCUUGAGAGUGCAGCUCUUUGUCUGCCCAGCGAUUGGCUGGCCACCAGUUCAGGGUGUACCCUGCCUCCUCCCUGUUGUCAGCUGGGAUAAGCUCCAACACUCGUGACCCUUGUGAGGAUAUGUGGCUAAGAAAAUGGAUGGAUGGAUUGAUGGAUUAUUACUGGUGGCACGGUGGAGCAGCUGUAGUGUGUUGGACUCACAGUUCUGAAAACCAUGGUUCAAAUCGCAGCCCCGCCUGUAUGGAGUUUGCAUGUUCUCUCUGUGCCCACACAGGUUUUCUCUGGGUACUCCGGUUUCCUCCCACAUCCCAAAAAAUACACAUUAAUUGGAGACUUUAAAUUGACCUGAGGUGUGAUUGUGAGUACUAUGACUGUUGUCUAUCUCCAUGUUUCCUAGUAACCAGUUCAGGGUAUACCCUGCCUCCUGGCUGGUGACAGCUGGCGUAGGCACCAGCACUCCCGGGACCCUUGUGAGGAUAAGCGGCUCGGAAAAUGGAUGGAUUUUUUUUUUUUUACAAAAUUAUCCAGACUCUUAUCACAAGCGUGAAUGAAAACGUGCAUGUGCACAGUGCCAUUUGAUUGUUCCCCACUUUAAUGAGACUGGUACAUCAGUGAAAGUGCCUCAGCACUGUAAAUACUUUACCUGUAGUUAAAUGUUUGUGAUUUAAAUAACUGUACAUGGAAUUAAUUGUAAAUAAAAUGUCUGGUCUGAAUAUGUUCAGACAAGACAUAAUACUGAUCAGUAAAAAUUAAGACAAGAAUAUAAGUUGACAUCACCUCAAGUGAAUCACUUUUGUGUCACUUUCACGUUUGUGCACUUGUGUUAUUGAAGUUUUAUCCCUUGGAAACAUCCAAAUAUCCACUUGAAUA